AAAAAACCCUAGAGUAAAACGGCGCCGCUUGAACUCGCUAUAAGUUUUUGACGCUGCCCAUCUUCUUCAGGUCCAAGUAGCCGUCGUAGCUCGUAGGCGCGCCACCAAGAGCCAUGUCGAAGCGAGGGCGUGGAGGAUCUGCAGGGAACAAGUUCCGGAUGUCACUUGGUCUGCCAGUGGCAGCAACAGUAAACUGUGCUGACAACACUGGCGCCAAGAAUCUCUACAUUAUUUCUGUAAAGGGUAUCAAGGGUCGGCUCAAUCGCCUCCCCUCUGCUUGUGUGGGAGACAUGGUAAUGGCCACUGUCAAGAAGGGGAAACCAGAUCUGCGGAAGAAGGUCAUGCCUGCUGUCAUUGUCAGGCAGCGCAAGCCAUGGCGUCGAAAGGAUGGAGUCUUUAUGUAUUUUGAAGAUAAUGCUGGUGUCAUUGUGAAUCCCAAGGGUGAAAUGAAAGGGUCUGCUAUUACUGGACCAAUUGGAAAGGAGUGUGCAGAUUUGUGGCCAAGGAUUGCAAGCGCUGCAAAUGCCAUUGUUUAAGUUGUCGGGUCCCCUUUUUUGUUACAUCUAGAUUUCGUCAGGCUCAGUGUCUGGACUUAAUAGUCGAUCGUGUGAAGAAAGCGUUAUACUAUCUAGAGAUUAUAUAUUUAUUGAGUUUGGAGUGGUUCUAUUUGCAUAUUUAGAUAGCAACUACAGCUAUAAUAAUUACAAGACAAACUGUGUUCUCUAUUUAGACUUGGCUAGUCUGCUAAGGUUCAUCAUAACCUCUGUUCAGAUUUUUAUAAUAAUCGCUUCAGUGGUCCUUUGGCUGCUAUUCUAUA